AUGUACUUCCGAGGACCAUUGACUGCGGCUCUGCUCGCGCUCUGUUGCGCGCACGAUGUUGUCGGACGAGCCGCACUGCAUCCAAGACAGGAUGGCGGGACUUCAACUCCAGCGACGACGACGGAUGGCGGGACAGUGUCCUCGACGCAAUCAGUAACCUCGACCGCGCAGUCAAGCCAGACCACUGAGGCUACGACCAGGAAGACAACCGAUGAUGAGCAACCAACGAGGACCGCACGAACAUCGACAGAGUCGACUCUAUCAACGACAAGCACAUCCGAAUCGACCUCUCCCACAGCGCAUCACAAUACCACCGCCGCUGUCGACAAAGCCGACGAGCUACCGAUCCAACCCGAGAUCACCCCAGCACUCGGUAUCGCUGGAGUCGUUCUCAUGCUUACCGGCGCCGCCUACGCAAUCAUUGGGAUCAAGCACCAAUGGCUCAACGUCUUCUUCAGCGCAGCGUACCUGACGUCUCUGUCGGUCACAGUACUCAUCAUCUACGUGAUGAGUCCUCCGGUCAGUGAUGCGAUCCAGGGAGCUUACAUGGUUGCGGCUCUUCUCACUGGCCUGAUAUUUGGCGCCAUCUCACUCGUCUUCAAAGAAGUCACGGAAGGACUUGGUUGCUUGUUGGGUGGAUUUUGCUUGUCUAUGUGGUUCCUCAUGCUAAAACCGGGGUCUUUGAUAUCUUCAACGACUGGACGAGCUAUUAUGAUUGGUGUCUUUUGCGUAGUCGGCUGGUCUCUAUCAUUCAGUCAAUAUACGCGCACUUAUGGAGUCAUCGGCUCUACUGCCUUUGCCGGAGCCAUGAUCACCGUCCUUGGUAUCGAUUGCUUCAGCCGAGCGGGCCUCAAGGAAUUCUGGAUGUACAUCUGGGCUCUAAACAAGAAUGUCUUCCCUCUCCAUACUAAUACAUACCCCAUCACUCGUGGCAUCCGAGUCGAGAUCGCAGCAACGAUCAUCAUAUUCUUAUUCGGAGUUAUGUCUCAGAUCAAGAUCUGGAAGAUAGUAAGGGAGCGCAAAGCGCGCAGCGAGGAGGCCAAGGAGGCGGAAGCGUCACGACGGGACCAGCGCGAUUCCGCCAUUGGCAAGACAAUCGAGCGCAACAAUGGCCGCUCGUUGGCACUGUGGGAGGGGAUCUAUGGCAACAAGGACAAGGCUUACGUCCACCCAGACUCAGGCGUCGGCACUUCCGUCAACUCUGGCGACCACAAGAAGUCCGUGAGCGUCGCCACGAGAGAGCUUGGCAGUAUCGAAAUGGACGAUAUGGGUGGCGUGCAUGCAGAGUCCUCGAGCAAAAGCCAACGGCAUCCCGUUUUAGUGCGCACUGGAACAGACGAGGAGAUGCAACAUGAAGAUCCCAACACUGGAAACCCGAUGAAUCUAGAUCCUGAAGAGAGGCAGUGGUGGGAAGACUUCCAGUCUACCAAGACCAAGAGCCGCCCCGGGACAGUGCGCAGUGUGGAUGAAGGUUCCCUGAACGAGAUGCUGCCGUCUGAUCGACAGCAUGCGCCAGGCGGGCCUGAAGUGGUAUCGCUGCCCUUCUUACCACCUGCAGAACGAUCAGGUGCACGUACCAAAUCAGCAGGCUCGGCAGCUUCAAAGGCGGAGGCCGCUCAGGAACAGACUGUCAACGAACGGAGGGGUGUUGCAUUAAACAAGUUGGCGCUUGCUAAGCUGGACCAGAAUGUCUCCUCAAAUGUGCCUCGGAUCGACGACGAUAGAGCCUCUUCUGUGGCGGCUACUGCUGACGAUGACCGCUCUAUGAAACGACAGUCGCUCGCUCCUACGAUUCAGUUGCAGAGCGAAGGUCUUUCUCCGUUCUCGGAUGAGUUCAAAGCAGACGCACCGAAGUCUUCGAGAACUUUUGGAACGCCUGGCACUCCGAUAGAAGAUCCGAUGGAUGAGAACGAUGAUGAGAUGGUCGUUCGGUCGCCUCCGCUUGCAGUCAGGCCUGUGGAGGAGGGCAACAAGGAGAAGCCGGCACACAAGCAGAAGCGACGAGACAGUGCUGGUUCAAGACGGAGAUCCACUAGUAGUGCAGGCGCAGCACAUAACGAACGUGAUUCAGCAUCCCAAUCCGAAGAUGCAGCUUCGGUACAUUCAUUGAAACGUCAUUUGCCCGAGAGCAUAUCGAAGGUUGCGAUGGCGUAUCGCACAAACGAAUGGGCCAAGCACAUCGCGAAUGCCGAUCAGCCAAUGUACGAGGAAGCACUGGUGGACGAAGCCGGCGUCCAGGUCGAGGUUGGACGGCCAGUAGAACAACCUCGCCCUCUUGAUCCCGCAGCCCUUUCGGAGACCGCACCUCCUGAGGUCCCAAACUUGUCCAGCAAUCCCUCCUUCCGCCAAAGCAAGAGUGUUCAAGAGCCAAGGAGGAAGAGCUCCUCUGGCCCCACGCCUGUCUACGCGUUCUCGCGAGCCGGCUCGUACCAGUCGCUGCAACGACAGGGCAGCAGCAAUUCGGUAAACCAGCAGAAGCGGGACACACGAAAUGCUUCUGCUCCCGUUCCAACGCUUGUCGAGUCGCCGAUCGAAGAAGACCAGGCAACCUCCGGACCAUAUCAGAGCAGCACACCAUUCGCCAGCACGAGCAAUCUCUUGGACGAGCGUAACACCCGCCUGUCCCGCCGCACAACAACCACAUCCUUCAACGCCUUAGCUUCGCAGCCCAGCCUCAACAUCCAAGCACCUACUCCAGAACCAGGCCGCACACCAGGGCCACCUCUAACAGAAGUCGGCUCAAUACCAGGCGAAGAGGACCUCACCCUCUCCGAACGCAAAGCCCUCAUCGACCAAGGCGCCAUAUCUCCACCCUCCCGACACCGCCAAUCCUCCAACCCCACUCCCCCACGCGCCUCCAACAGCCAUAUCUACGACUCCCACCAACCGCGCCGCACCAACACCGUUGAUAUGGCAAGACAGUCCGCCAUGCUCUCGCAAUGGCGGCAGUCGCUGCAACAGAACACGCCAUAUCAACCUGUCGGAGUGGCAGAGGAGCAAGCGAGGCAAGCGAUGUUGAGUCAGCGAGAACACGCGGGUGCGAAGCGGCAGAAGGAGCUGCAGAGAAGGGAGAGCAGGGAUAGUAGGCGCGAGGUGGCGAUGCGGACAGGGCAGUUGGCGGGGGCGCAUCAGGAGGCGAUGAGGAGGAUGCAGGCGAAGGCUAACGAGAGUGUGGCGGGUAAGGAAUAG